AUGGGGGAAGAGGUCGAAGUCCGCGUGCCGCGUGGUGGGGUGCCUCUCUGUGCUCGCUGGUACGAGGGCAGCUCCGACGGUCGUCCUUGCAAGCUUGCCGUUUCCAAGGAGGAGCUGCGGCUGAAGAUGAUACAGCGGGAGAGGGAUCGCGAGAGGAAGCGUAUCAAGCGCAUGAAUCGCGAGUACCGGCGGCUGGAGCAGGAGCGCGAUCGGGACAGAAAGAAGGCGCGGAGGGCGAACGAGGCCUUCCGGCAGCUCGAGAAGCUGCGUGACAAGAUACGCAAGGACCGCAAGAAGGGAUACCUGGUGACCGAUCCCUCACAGCUCCCGCCCGAAUUCGCGGCCAUACUACAGCCAGUGCCUGUUGUCAAGCCCGAUGUUGGUCUACCGCCAACCUCCCAGGGCCAGCAACAACAACAACAGCAGCCGCGGUCGUUCGCGUACCCCGCCUUGCCCAUCACCAGCGUCACGCUGAUGCCGCAGCUUUGCCACCCCAUUCUCCACCAGAACCUGAGUGCCACGCUGUACGCGGGCCCGAACGGCAUCAAGCAGGAGUACGGCCAAGAUGUGUCCGCCUCGGCCAUGGCCGCUGCCCAGGCGGCUGCUCUGGCAGCGCUACGGGGCCAGCAGCACACGCAGGACGAUCAGGAUAUGGCCCUCAACCUGGAGCCGGAGAUCAUACUGCAGACAGCGCCCGAUGUGAAUCCCGCCCAGCCACAGCAGCACCACCUCACUGACCACCAGCAGCAGCAACAGCAGCAGCAGCAGCACUGCAACAUAUUUCAGCACAUGGCACCGCAGGCCCAUAUGCAGCACAUGCGAUCGGCGGCGCUACCUCCGCCGCCACCCUCUGUGGCACUGCUGCCACCGCCACCACCAGCCACACAUCAGCAGGUGUGCCUGUAA